AUGAGCCAGGACCAACAAGAAGCUCAUAAGCGUGAUAUUCAACAAUAUUAUUCUUCCCUAAAGACAUUUUUUGAUGUCACAGGUGUGCAGCAACUUAAUAGAGAGACAUCCCCUAGGGCUCAAAAGGCUAGAAGUAAAUUAUUAAAAUUAUCAUUUUCUCAAUUUUAUGAAUUAAGUACAGAUGUCUCGGAUGAAUUAAAGAGAAGAAUUAAUGAAGAUCAAAAUAAACCAGAUUAUUUAUUACCAAAGGCUAAUUUCCAUAUGAAAAGAAACCAAGCAAGACAAAAACUUGCUAAUUUAUCACAAACUAGAUUUAAUGAACUAGUCGAUGAUAUCCUAUAUGAAAUUAGAAGAAGAAGGUUUGAUACUUAUACACCACCACAAAAGAAUUCAGAAUCAUUAGAUCAAGUACCUAAUAGUGAUAGCUUUUCCUCUAUCGAACCAGCAGCAGAGAAUAUUGUUUCUGAAACUAUUCCCGAUAUUGCGAUAAAUAAUAAAGAAUCUGGAUCAAACGAAAGAAAUUCAAAUGCAAGUCAAGUACCAGCUACGACAACGUCAAUCCAACCGUCCUUGGUAAUUCCAAAGAAAGCAUCAAUUGAUUGGUCUUCAUCUGAAGAAGAUGAAAUUCCAGGUGAAAACAACGAUAAUGAUGUCAUGGUAUCAUCUGCACAUCCCCCUUCAGUGGAUAUGAACGAUGCUCCUUUUGGCCUCGAGAUUAAACCAACAAACAUAUCCGAAUCGUCAGAUUUAAACAAUACCUUACAAAUGGACCAGAAUAAUGAAGAUAAUAAUAAUAAUAAUAAUAAUAAUAAUACUUACAAUAAUAACGAAUUCGUUACCCCAAUACCGCAAAACAAAGCCCACGAUUUAAAUCAGAAUGUCAUGUUGGAAGAUGAUUUGAACAAUGUUAGUCAUACAGGUACUUUACAAGAGAAACUAGAAAAUACAUUCGGUAGUAUGAAUGAUCCAACGAUAAAUAUUCCAACACCUGUCUUACAACCAUUAGGGAAGAAUAUCUUACCACCAGAAUUAACUACCGGUAGAGAUUCUGAACCAAAGGAAUCUGAACCUGAACCAUAUAUGGAACCAUUUCCAGAAAAUGAUACCUCAAUUGAGACGCCUUUGGAAAAAGAUGUUGCAUACGAAGAUAUGAAGAAUAUUGUGGGUAAGAAAAAUAAGCUAGAUGAUAUUACAAUGCAAAGUACAACAUUAGAAAAUAAUGACAAUGUAACAUUGAAACAAGAUAAUACAUCUCCAAUUGUACCUACACCGGUAAGUUCAACUCACAGACAAAGUGAAUUUAUGAAUUUAAAUAGUGAAAUCCGUAAUUUAUCCAUUGAAAAUGAAAAUUUAAAGCAAAAGAUUACUGUAUUAGAAAUGGAAGCAAGAUUUAAAUCGAAUCAAAGUAACAAUACUAAUGAUGAUAAAUCGAAUAAUUUACAAGUGACAGAACCAAAUUUACUGGAUUCUGAACAUAUACAGAAAUUUAUUAGCCUUGAUGGUAUUAUUCCAUUGGACCUUAUUGCUUUACUGAAUAAUCAAAUUAAAUCAUUUUUUUCUGUUAUACAAUCUACGGAAAAUGAUAACAAUAAUCCGAUAGGUGAUAAUUUGUUCAGAGCUCUGGGAGAAACCUCGAAUGUAAUUUCUCAAAUAUUGUCCCUCGUUGAUCUCCCAACUUUCAAGGAUCAAGUUCUUUUAUUGAAGGCAUCAUUUUCGCAUCUAAUAUCAACUGUAAGAUAUUAUUCCCUAUAUCAUACUUUGCUACCAAGGAUCAUAAUAUACGCAGCUGUCACAGAGUUAGCAUUUGCCUCAUGUAAUUUAAUUGAUGUUGCUCAUAUAAAAGAAACUGAUGAUUUAAAGCUACCAAAGAAAAAGGGACUUGCUAUCGAUAUACCAAAUUCAAGUGACUUAGGAAUAUCUGUUUCUAAAUCUGCAUCUCCUCUGCCGAUUAAUGUAUCCUCCAAGGAUAUAUCCACUCCGACAUUAACUUCAAUAUAUGCUAACCCCUCCGACAUAAUAGGAGAGGAUAACGAAAUCGGGGAGAAUUCACCUGUCAAGCCGUUGAAGAUUACACAAAAGGUUGGAAAUCAAUCGCCGAAUCUUGUACCAAAGAUAAAUACAAGGAUGAGACAACCAUCUGGUAGUGGUCUCUUCUCAUUAAUGAUCGACCAGGAACGUAAUCAUAGCAAAUCGCCAAGUAUUGUCAGCAAUACUUCCAAUAUUCCAACAGUACGAUCUUCUUUGAAUAAUAACACGAUAUCCGAUAAAAAAGAUACCAAGAAUAUUUUACAAACAGAGGAAGUAAAGCCUGCUAUCGAAAAAAUUCAGAUAUCAGAUCUAGAGAAAAAAGUUCCAAAUUUAGAGAAGCUGGAAUCAUUGAAUACCAUUCCAGUUCCUGAAAAUACUGAUAACAGUAAACCAGAAGAUAUAAUCCUUCCUGAGCCAUCUGAAAAAGAAAUUGAUAAUAAAAACUCAAAUACUAGAGGUUCAAGAUCAUCUGCGGGAUUAGCGUUAUCUAUCGAUAAUAUCUUUGGUUCUGAAAAGACUAACGACGAUGAAUUAAUCAAACAUACAGAACAAGGAGAACAACAUGACCUAAAUUCUGUACCUGAAGUACGCAAUGAAUCAAACCAAUCUUUAUCAAGAUUUGUCAAUUCUGAAAGCGAUGAAAACUUAAACAAAUCGCCAAAUGUAUUGGUUAAUGACUCUGAUAAUGACGAAACAUUUUUAGCAUUGAGGAAGGUCCAAGAGACUAAGAAACUUGAAAAUGACAAAUUAAAACAAAACGAAAAUGCUAAGGACCACCAAGACAUUAAAGAUGAGACCAAGGACGAAAAUCUAAUUGAAGUGAACAAAUUGGAUGCAAACACCCCUGGAAUGGAAGUUGUUAAUAACAAGAAGUCUUCAGAAUCUGAACCAGCUCCAGAGAAGGUUGAGGCACAGACACCUGUUCAAAGUUCCACUACACCUACUUUCAAACCGCUGAAAAUAAACAAAUUAGAAAGUGCAUCAUUGAAGAAAGUGAAUUUGAAUAAAGUGAAUUUAAACAACCAAAGUCCGAAACCAUCAACCGCCAGUAAUUUCAAAGAUGAGUCAGCUAAGCAAAUUGUAACUAAAACCCCUCAACUAGUAGAAAUACCGAAGAGACAUGAAUCUAGACUGAGAAAGCCAAGUGCUUCAUCCUUGAAUGAAACUCCAAAACUGGUUGAACAUCCUAAGAUUAAAGAAGAAGAAGAAGAAGAAGAAGAAGAAGACAAAGAACCUAUUAUUCCUAAACCAGAGGUUAAUGAAACUAGCGGAUCUUCCAAUAAUAUGAUAGAUGAGGUUUUUGUAAAGAAAGAACCACUGGAAGAAAAAUUGUUACCAGGAAAGAAGACUGAUUCGCCUCGAUUAUCUAUCCCUGAAGAAGACGAUACAGAAGAAGAUUCGAGCUAUCAAUUCAUACCUUUGAAAUCGGAAGUCCCCCAAUCACCAACUUUACCAAAAGCUAACUCCGAGGACGAAACAGAAAGUUCCGAUAGUAGUUAUGAAUCUGCCGAGUCCGAAGAUGAGGAUGAUUUUGAUGUUGAUGCAUUUGAUAUCGAAAAUCCAGAUAACACAUUAUCUGAUCUUCUAUUAUAUUUGGAACAUCAAACUGUCGAUGUCAUUUCUACUAUCCAGUCAUUAUUGAGCUCAAUUAAGGAACCUCAAUCUACUAAAGGUAGUUUAAGAAGAGAAUCUAAUGCUAUUAAUCAAGUGAUUGGACAAAUGGUGGACGCUACAAGCAUUUCUAUGAAUCAAAGCCGUAAUGCGAAUUUGAAGGAGCAUGGUAGUUGGGUUGUACAAAGUUUGGAAGAUUGUGCUCGUAGAAUGACUACGUUAUGUCAAUUAGAUAAGAAUGGUAUUCUGAAGAACGAAAAAUCUGAUGAUAAUUAUGCUGAUAAGAAUUUCAAGCAAAGAUUGGCUGGUAUUGCAUUUGAUGUUGCUAAAUGUACAAAGGAAUUAGUCAAGACAGUGGAAGAGGCUAGUUUGAAAGAAGAAAUUGAAUUUUUGAACUCAAGAAUUCAUUAA